AGCAGCUGUAAGGAGGAGGAGGAAGACAGGGGAGCAUCCCAAAACAAAACAGGGACGCUUCCAACACGGUGAAGAGGGAGUGUUUGUAUUUACAGUAUUGAGCUGAAGCCCGUCCUCCCCGGCAGAGGAUGGGUACAGCAGAAGCCACUUUACGCAUGGACAGCAUGGAGGUGAAGGACGAGUGGCAAGAUGAGGACUUCCCCAGGCCGCUGCCAGAAGAUGGAGAUAUUGGUUCAUGUGGCCUCACUGACAACAGAACAAAUCCUCCAACCAGUCUGAAUGUCGGGGAGUCCAUGGCCCAGCGCAAGCGUCGCACGCUUAUUGCCCCAGACAUGAACCUGUCUCUGGACCAGAGCGAAGGGUCGGUGCUCUCUGAUGACUUCCUGGAGACGCCCGACGACCUGGACAUCAACGUUGAUGACAUCGAGACUCCUGAUGAGACCGACUCGCUGGAGUUCAUCAACAAUGGCAACGAGCUGGAGUGGGAAGAUGACACUCCUGUUGCCACUGCUAAGCGUCUUCCAGGUGAAAGUGAAGAGGAGAGAGACUCAUCUGGUCGUCUGUGGCGAACGGUGAUCAUCGGCGACCAGGAGCAACGGAUCGAUAUGCAAGUCAUCAGACCGUACCUGAGGGUGGUCACACAUGGAGGUUACUAUGGUGAGGGACUGAAUGCCAUCAUAGUGUUUGCAGCCUGCCACCUGCCUGACAGCAGCUGUGAGGACUACACAUACAUCAUGGAGAAUCUUUUUCUGUAUGUUGUAAGCAGCCUGGAGCUGCUGGUGGCAGAAGACUACAUGAUUAUUUACCUGAAUGGAGCAACUCCUCGCAGGAAGAUGCCUGGCAUCAGCUGGCUGAAGAGAUGCUACCAAAUGAUUGACAGAAAAUUGAGAAAGAAUCUGAAGUGUCUUAUUAUCGCUCACCCAACAUGGUUCAUUCGCACUGUCCUGGCCAUCUCAAGACCUUUCAUCAGUGUGAAGUUCAUGGAUAAGAUUCGCUACGUUCAAACACUGGAGGAGCUCAGCCAGAUCAUCCCCAUGGAGCAUGUGCAGAUCCCUGAGUGUGUGCUGCAGUAUGAUGAUGAGAAGAUUAGAACACAAAAGGAAAGACUUGAGCAAGAGGGGCAGCAGAUAAACUCAGCACUCCCUAAAGAAAGGCCAAAGUCAAUGAUAGCAGAGGUUGGCCGUGACAUCUGACAUUAAGAGCUUUAAGUUGAAGAGCGAGUGGGGAACAUUCAUUCAUGCAGUGGGAGUCAGCAUCACACAAGAUGAAAUCCCCCUGAAUGGAUCUGUUAGCUGCAGGACAAUCAUUCCUCAGUAUUUCUCUUAUUUUCAGUGACAUGCUUGCUUCUAACAACUUAAAGUCCACUUACACUAAAGCAGGACAACUUAAUGCUAAAUUUUAAAGUAUCUGCAUGUCAAGUCGAGCUUUAUCUACAGCAUGACCUCUUUAUGAAGGAAAAGUAAAGGACUUGGAUGAACUCUUGAGCGUCUGCCGACUGAGCUGGAAACAUGUACAUACUUGUAAUAUAUAUUUUGAGCAAGGGAUUUGCACAUGAACGGCAUGGGCAUUGUUUGGUUUCAUGGAUAUUUACUGAAAAAUAAUGUGCGAUGAUUUUGUUCUUCUUAAACCUACAGUAGAUGUUACUGAUGCAAAAGUGUGUUACAGUUUUCAAGUUUUCCAGAGUUGAAUAUGCAGGUGGCAUGCUUGUUUAUAUCCUUCCUGUCUUUGUCACAUGUUUUUGUCAGUUUAAAAAAAAAGUACUUUUACAAGACGGGAAGUGUACAUUGUUACAAAUGAAAUGAAAUAUAUUUAAAGAGAGAGUCAAAUGAAUUGCUAAAAGUGUUAUUUAUGAAAAUGUGCCAUUUACUGUUUGUAAAAAAUAAAUAAAUGAAUGAGUGAA